UGGGGAGGAAGGCAGGAGCUGGGGGAUACCGGGGGGCUUCGCGCGAUUUCGGGGUUCUCGCGGGAGCUGAGGGAGUGCGGGUCGCGCUCCCCUGGGCGCCAUAUGGCUUAGCGUAGCCCCUUCGCCUUCUUGGGAGCCUCCAGCUGGGCCUGCCAUGGGGAAGGCCAGGGGCAAGGGCCCUGCGAGGUCAGCCACAGCCACUGCCAUGGCCAAGGCCAGGAACAACCCGUUCGAGGUGAAGGUGAACAAGCAGAAGUUCAGUGUCCUGGGGCGCCGAACCAAGCACGAUGUGGGGCUGCCUGGCAUCUCCCGCUCCAAGGCCCUCAGGAAGCGCACACAGACUUUGUUAAAGGAAUACAAAGAAAGGGAAAAAUCUAAUGUAUUUAAAGAUAAGCGUUUUGCUGAGUAUAAUUCCAAAAUAAGCCCAGAAGAGAAGAUGAUGAAGAGGUUUGCUUUGGAACGACAGCAAAACUUUGGAAAGAAAAAUAUCUAUAACCUCAACGAAGAUGAAGAAUUGACCCAUUAUGGCCAAUCUUUGGCAGAUAUUGAAAAACUUAAUGACAUCGUGGAUAGUGAUAGUGAUGCUGAAGAAAGAGGUGCACUAUCAGCUGAGUUAACUGCUGCUCACUUUGGAGGUGGUGGAGGUCUCCUUCAUAAGAAAACAGUUAGUAGGCAGCAAGACGAAGAUGAGGAAAAACCUAAAUCUCGCAAGGAGCUCAUCGAAGAGCUCAUUGCCAAAUCCAAACAAGAAAAGAGAGAGAGACAGACUCAAAGAGAAAAUGCCUUAGAACUCACAGAAAAGCUUGACAGUGACUGGAAAGAAAUCCAAACCCUUCUCUCCCACAAAACCCCCAAGUCGGAGAGGAAAGAUAAAGAAGAGGAGAAACCCAAGCCUGAUGAAUAUGAUAUGAUUGUUCGAGAGCUUGGAUUUGAGAUGAAGGCACAACCCUCAGACAGGAUGAAAACAGAGGACGAACUAGCAAAAGAGGAGCAAGAACGACUUGAGAAACUUGAGGCAGACAGACUGCGUCGAAUGCAUGGAAAAGAAGACCAUGAGAACAAAAAGAAACCCAAGCAUAUAUCAGCUGAUGAUCUAGCUGAUGGUUUCAUCCUAGAUAAAGAUGACAGACGUUUACUUUGUUAUAAAGACGGGAAACUGGAUAUUGGAAAUGAUGAGGAAGAGGACAGUAAGCAUGAAGAAGACGGUGACAAUGAGAGUGAAGAAGAUAAAAGUGAGGAAGAACCUGAUAGUAAGGAUGAGGAUGAGGAUGCUGUAGACAGUCACUCUGACCUUGAAUCUGGCCUUGAGAGUGAGGAAGAGGCCAUUUCAAAUGAAAGAGAGAAGAAACACCAAGAAAAUGAAAAGAACUUGCAGAAUGAUGAAGGACAAAAAGCUGAGAUAGAAGCUGCCAGGGUUGAGCUGCCCUAUACAUUUUCUGUUCCUGAAUCAUACGAGAAGCUUAAAUCUUUACUGACUGGAAAAACAACAGCACAACAACUUGUUGUACUAGGGAGAAUUCAGAAGUGCAAUCAUCCAAGCCUGGCAGUGGGAAAUAAAGCAAAGUUAGAAAAACUGUUUGGUUUGCUUUUGGAGUACACUGGAGAGUUAGCAACUAUGGACGCCCCAGAGCUCAAAACAAUUGACAGAUUGGUCCUGCCGUUGUACAAGCUUUGCCAGAUGUUUCCUGAAGCUGCAAGUAACAGUAUGAAAUUUGUACUUCGAGACGCUGCACAUGACAUGGAAGAAAUGAUUGAAGUCAAGGGCCGUGCAGCAUUUCCGGGGUUAGACUUGCUUAUUUAUUUGAAAAUUACUGCAAUACUCUUUCCAACCUCUGACUUUUGGCACCCAGUAGUCACACCUGCAUUUAUGUAUAUGAGUCAGUUGCUUACUAAGUGCCAAGUUACAACACUACAAGAUGUUGUUAAAGGACUGUUUGUGUGCUGUUUGUUCCUGGAAUAUGUAUCUGUCUCUCAAAGAUUUGUACCAGAACUUAUCAAUUUUCUUCUUGGAAUACUUCACAUUGCUCUACCUGAAAAACAAGCCCAGGGCUAUACUCUGGUGCACCCUUUCAGGCUGCUGGGGAAAAAUUCAGAAUUGCUCAUGGUCUCUGAUAAGAAGGAUAUGGAGACCUGGCAAAAGCAGAAUCUGCCCCUGAGUAUUGUGACUAGAUUAAAAGAAAUGAGCAAAACAGAAAUGAAUCAUUUCAGGUUAUCAUGCCUAGCCCUAUGUCUGGAUCUUAUUAAGAGAUGUGGAGCUCUCUAUGGAUCUUUGUCAUCUUUCCAUGAAAUAGUACACCCCAUCAGAGUACUCCUUACAGAACAUAUACCAGUGAGUGACUACCCUAAACAGCUGCAGGAAUUGCAUCAAAAUGCUCUGAAAGAACUAGAGAACAAAGAGAAACACUAUAACCCAUUGGUGUGUGAGAAAAAGAAGCCAGUGCCACUGAAACUAUACACACCAAAAAUAGUGAAAGUCUUGGAGUUUGGGAGAAAGCAAGGAGGCAGUAAGGAGGAGCAGGAAAAAAAGCGACUGAUCCACAAACACAAACGUGAAUUUAAGGGAGCUGUUCGUGAAAUACGUAAAGAUAACCAGUUCCUGGCUAGGAUGCAACUUUUAGAAACCAUGGAAAGGGAUUCUGAAAGAAAAAGAAAAGUGAAAUAUCUUCUUCAUAACCUUGCCACACAAGAAGGUGAAUGGAAGGCAUUGAAGAGGAAAAAGUUUAAGAACUAAUUCUGUCAUAAGCAGAAAUUUUUUCAUUCUUUUUUAAUAAAUUUUAUGUGAAUUC